AUGGCGAAGAAGACCAAGUCUAAGGGUAUGGACAACAUGAACCAGAAGCUCCAGCUGGUCAUGAAGUCCGGAAAGGUGUGCCUCGGUUUCAAGUCCACCAGGUCCGCUCUGCGCACAGGCAAAGCGCACAUGGUCAUCAUCAGCAACAACUGCCCGCCCAUCCGCAGGGCCGAGAUCGAGCACUACGCGAUGCUCGCCAAGUGCAACAUCCACAUGUUCGCGGGCGACAACAACGACCUGGGAACCGUUUGCGGUAAAUACUUCCGCGUCGGUUGCAUGGCCAUCCUCGACGCGGGUGACUCUGACAUUCUCCGCGACGCCGAGUAA